AUGAGGAUAAUUCUCAAGAGCGUGCUGGGGAAGAAGCGUGAGCACGAAGUAAGCCCAGAUACCAAGGUAGAGGAUAUAAAGAAGUUUCUUGAGAGCGAAUACACCCCACAAAGUCUUCGACUGUGUUACAAUAACCGCGUUCUGGAGGACCCAAUGACCAUGGAACAGUUGGGCAUUGGAGAGGACACCGUUAUUGUGUAUGUGGGAAAGAAACAAUCGGUUCAGCAGUUGGCGUCCAAGUCGGGCGGGUGUGCCUCACCAAGUGCUCCUGCAGAGGGCCCCGCAAAGGGGGAAUUAAACGAAAACCCUGGAGUCGCUGGUGCGAGCAGUGUACCGGUUGAUGUGCCGGCCCCUUCCCCUAGUGCUCAAGCACCGGCGACAACACAGCAACCCUCAGGUCCCGCGCCUGCGUCUCUUCGGAGUGUUGAUCCAGCCCUUAUAGAUUCAAUUGUCGCGAUGGGGUUUAACGACCGCGAGCAGGUAUCUCUUGCACUUCGCGCCGCCUACAUGAACGCCGAUCGGGCGGUGGAAUUUUUGUGCACGGGGAUUCCUCCACAUGUCCAGCAGCAACUCGCGGAGGCAGAUCUCCAGGCAAGUGCCAUGGGUAGAGCAGCGGUGCCGUCAGCGGGCACGCCGCCGUCGGACGCCGGGUCGGGUGGUACUCAGUCAGACCUUCGGAGGGCGCUGUCGGCGAUUCCCCAUAUUGAUGAUUUCCGUUCACUGCUGCAAAACAACCCUCAAGCCUUUAGCGCGCUGGCCGGCCAACUACUUGAAAACUUCCCGCAAGUUGGCGAGCUUGCGCAGCAGGACCCGGAGGAGUUUGCAAGGUUUAUGAUGGCUGGGUCGGUGCCGGAUAACGCUGACCAGACCCUUGUGACUGCUGGUGAGACGGAAGUGGAUGAUGCUCAACCGUUAGGUGAGGAAGACAGAGCUGCAGUUAAUCGCCUCGUUUUACUUGGUGAGGGAGCGUGGGGUGAGCGUGAGGCAACUGAAGCAUAUCGCAUGUGCGGACGGAGGGAAGAUGCGGCAGCACAUUUUCUUCUUUUCAACUUUCUCGGGAUUACCGACUGA